UUGUAGAUGAACUGGGUGCAAAAAAAAUGGUCAUUGAUGAGCAACUUACAGCUGCUACUGAUCAGGAUGAUUAACGGGUUGCUGCUCGAAUGGUUGUGGCAGCUAAGAGUGCAGUUAUUGAUGAACCGACAUGUGCGGAACAGGGAGUUACGGAAUUGACUGGUUUUACAGCAAAUAAUGUGGUAAUAGAGGAACAGGUUGAUGAACCGAUAGGUGUUGAAAAUGGAGCUUUGCAGGAUUCAGAUAUGACAGAGGUGCUUGGUGGUAUAUCUGCAACAUCUAGCAAAAAACAGAAGAAGAAAAUUGAUAAACUGGGAGACAUUCUAUCAUGUUCUAAUACUGAGGGGACUGGUGGUGACGACUUAUCGGAUGCGGAUAUCGCCAACAUGAAUAGAAUCAACGGUGUUAGAAAAGAUUCUUCUGAGGUAUCAUCACAAGAAGAUAAGGUAAGCAAGACACGGCAAAUCGGGCAUGAUCUGGGUAUCUUACAACGAGAAACCAGAUCAGCAACUUUGCGCAAAUUGGCGCAAAAAAUGGGUUCUACAACUGGAAUUCAGCAAAACUAAGGUUCUUUUUCCUUUCGAGGUUUUUUUCAUGUCCAUGUCUUUGCCCUUAUCUUUUGUUUCAUGGAGUUGCAGAGGAGGUUUGUUAAACAAUAGAAAGCAGAAGUUCAUCCGUCAAAUGGUUGCUACACACGACUUAUUGUUUUUUGGUCUUGUGGAGUCCAAAAAAGAAAUUGUUGACAAUUUUCUUAUUAACAAUUUAUGGCCUAACUUGGACUUUGGUUAUGAUUGGAUUCCUUCUGUGGGUGCUUCAGGUGGUUUAGUCCUUAUCUGGAACUCUGGUCUGAUUAGUAAUGCCACGAUUACUAAGGGUUCUUGAUGGAUUGCACUUGAUUUUGUCUUUGAUUUUAUUCGGUACUGACAUAUUCGUGUUUAUGCAAGUAAUACUACUUCUGAACGAUUGUUAUUUUGGGAGGAGCUUUCGCAUCUUAUGGGUUUCCAAGGAACUAUUUUUAUCAGUGGAGAUUUUAAUGAGACUCUUUUUCCAGAGGAUAGGUGGAAUAGUCCGGGUUUUACUCCUUCGAUGUUGGCUUUUCGUGAUUUUGUUAAUAAUUGUGAGCUGCUGGAUCUCCCCCUUCAGGGAAGACACUUUACUUGGAAAAAUUCAAUCUCUAAGUCGCGUAUAGACAGAUGUUUGAUUUCAGCUACCGCCGGGCCUAUCUGGCCGCAAAUGUCACUUACUUCUUAGCCUAGAGAUCAGUCUGAUCACGUCCCUAUUCUUUUUCGUAGUGCUAAUGUUUUUGAUUGGGACCUAAGUCUUUUCGCUCUGUUGAUUCUUGGUGGGAGCAUGAGGAUUUUAGCAGUUUUGUUGCUGAGAGUUGGGGUUUGAUUUAUUUAAAUUCUCCAAAUCUCAUUCAGAGAUUAAGAGAAUUGAGACAAAAAAUUAAAAAAUGGAAUUCUGACGUUUUUGGUGACCAAAAUAAACGUAUUAAGGAGCUUUCUCAAGAAAUUCUUGUUAAGGAAAUUGUUGCAGAAUCUGGGUUACUCACUGAGGCUGAAAAAUACGAUAUUAGCAAGAUAAAAACGGAAUUAUGGACGGCUGAGAGAAGAGUGGACUCUUUAUAGGUUCAGAAGUCCAGGUUGCGAUGGAAUGUUGAGGGGGACAUAAAUACCAAGUUUUUUCAUAGUGUGGCUUCUACGCAUUAUAGAAACAACCACAUUUUUUCUAUUCAAGUGGGAGACACUACUUUUGUUGAGCCAAAGGAUAUCAGAUUUCAUAUCAGGGAUUUCUUUAGCUCUCUUUACAGUCAAAGUGAUAGUGUUGCCUAUGAUUUAUUGGGUCUGACUUUUCAAAAGUUACGGUUUCGCAGGCUGACAUUCUGAAUAGACUGUUCAUGGAGAGUGAGAUUUUUGGUGCUCUUUGUUCUUGUGGCGAAAAAAAGCACCAGGACCUGACGGGUUCAACUUUUUUUUUUUUACCGGAGAGCUUGGCCUAUUAUGAAGGAUGCAAUUGUUGAUUUCUUCUCUGGGUUUUUUCGAUUCAAUAUCUUGCCUAAAGGUAUUAACUCCUCUUUCAUGGUUUUGAUUCCUAAGGUGGCUGGAUCUUCUAGUAUCAAAGACUACAGACCUAUCAGUUUAGUUCAUGGCCUAUUCAAACUUCUUUCGAAGGUCCUUUCUCAAAGAUUGGCGCCGCUUCUUGCCAAUCUAAUUUCUGAUAGUCAACACGCUUUUUUAAAAGAGCGAAGUAUUAUGGAAUGCUCUAUGAUAGCUAAUGCGAUUGUUCAUUCAGGUACACAUAGGAGGGAGAAACUGCUUGUUUUAAAACUUAAUUUCCAUAAAGCUUUUGACAAUAUUGAUUAGGGCUAUUUGAUUUCUGUGAUGCGUUGUAUGAAUUUUCCAGGCAAAUGGAUUGAGUGGAUGGCUUGCUGUUUCUCUUCGGCGAACACCUCUAUCCUGGUCAAUGGUAGUUCGAUUGAUCCUUUUCCUCUCAAGAGAGGAGUUCGGCAGGGAGAUCCGAUCUCCCCUUAUCUGUUUGUUAUUGCAGUUGAAGGAUUAAAAUAGAUUCUUGCCCGUUCUUGCGAUUUGGGAUUUACUCAGGGUUACUGCUAUUCUACGAAUCAUGAUCCUAUCUCUCUUCUUCAGUUCGCUGAUGACACUAGUCUUUUCAUUCCUUUUGAUAUUGAGAAGCUUAGGAAUUUGACACGUAUCCUUCGAUGUUUUGAAUUGAUCUCUGGCCUGAUGAUCAACUUUCACAAAAGCUCUAUUACUGGAGUUAAUGUGAAUGACGUAGAUUUACUGGCGGCAGCUCAGACAGUUGGAUGUAAGGUUGAUUCUUUCCCUAUUAAGUAUUUGGGUCUUUCUCUUACUAAUAGAAAGCUUUCCGCUAAUUCAUGGGACAGUGUGGUGGAACGAUUUAAGUCGAGAUUGGCCCUUUGGAAUGGAUCUCUGCUUUCUCCUGCAGGAAGGUUACCUUCUCUGGAUUUUUUAGCUACCCGUUCUAUAGUCUCGGUUGAUAACUCUUUGCGUUCGCUUUGUGGUGUGGUGGAAACUCAAGCUCACAUUCUUAUUCAUUGUAACUUUGCUCGAAGUGUUUGGUGUAGCAUUCUCCAAAAGUUUGAUAUCCCUUGGCCUUUUCCAAAUUCUUUUGGUGAUUUUAUGGUGCAAUGGAUUAACAUUACACCAAAAGGGUCGUACUGGAAACUUUGGCAAGUUUUUUCGUUUCUUGUUUUUUAGGAGAUAUGGAAAUGCAGAAACAUCAGUCUUUCAUAAUAAAGAUUCAAACAAGGAGACGGUGGUUUUCGACUGUUUUUCUAAGGCAGCUUUUAUUUACAAAUGUUGUAAUAGGGAGUUCAGUUAUUCAGAUUUGGAUUUCUUUAUGAAUCCUUUUUGUAUUCUAUUUUCGGACAAUUGACUUUGUUCUUUGGCCUUUCUCUGAG